UUGACGUUUACGUCAUUACCAUUUUAGCACAUACCAUGUAAGAAUGUAUAAGAAUGAUUUGGAAAAAUAUCUAAAUUAAAUGAUUAUAUCUACCAAUAGGUUUUCAAAGGCCUAUUGUCCUUGGACAGAGGUCGCUUAGGGUACAAAGAUAUGAGGAAGGGUUUUUAGAUGUCGCUUUUAAAAUCCCCCUUUAUAUUGUGGGUAUGAGCCAGUAUGAGGGCUGAAGUGGUUCUGGUGUUGUUGGUCGACGUGGUCUGGGAGGCGUGCCAGGGUUACUAUGAGAUGGACUACAGUCAGAACGAAGAUACAGACUUCUAUGACACCUACGACAGUGAUAUAGGCACAACUUCUUUGCUCACUACCACGGAGACAGAAUCAGAUGUCCCCGCCAGGAUACGAAGGUUCAAGCCGCCGGAUUCGACAAGCAACUCAGAAGAACAAGCUAGCAAUGAUUUCGCUCCCAUCACUCCCACCCUGUCGUCAAUAUCAGAGUUGAUAGUUACAAGGAGUCACGGUUACAAAGACAAUGACAUUAGAAGUCUUGGACCGGAAGAAAUCGAAGAAAUUAAGGGUGCACUUAGAGACAUAUUGAAGAGCCACGUUGUUGAGGUUGAAACCACGCCAGCCCUGGACGAAGACCCAACGGGUUACGAAAACUUUGAGGAUACCACUAAACUGGAAAGCUCUACUAUCAUUACGGUAGAAACGUCUCUCCUGACAGUAGAGAUCCCUGGAGGAAUUCAAUGGGUACCUGAAACGAUAAGCAAAGUAAAAGCAAAAGAAGAUCGGAAUAAAAAUAUUCCACUCCGGGUGUGGCAGCCAUCUGGGAAACGAAUCCAUGCCCACAGAGAAGGCGGCGGCGCUGAAGUAGGAGAAGGCCCAGGAGGUCCCGAAGGCCCCGAAGGUCCCGAAGAUAAAGGACCGCCUAAAUUUGACCCUGAUGAUUAUGGGCCUACAGACAGUACGCCGGACUUGUCAAAGUUGUCGAAAUAUUUCACAACAACGCCGCCGACGCAGAAAACGUACCCGACACCGGGUAAAAGAAAUUUUACAAUAACGACGACGCAGCCCCCUUCCGAAACUACAGGGGGCGGGGGCGAGGGUGACGAUAAAGGCAAAGCUCCCGUCCGGCCCCCAUCGUCGACUCCUAGUGCAGGCCGAUCUCUUAGCAGUCCUACCGUACCAAAUGCUAACACAUCCGUGCCGAUGGAUAAAGACACAUUGAAUAACCUCUCCUCACUCAUACCACCACAUUUACUAGAUCAAGCGGCGAAAGAGUUGCUUGCCAAGUACAUGACGACAACGACGGGAAAGCCGAUGCUUGAUAUCAAUGCAAUUAUAGCAAUCAUCGCGAACCUCACGUAUGACUACGAAUGGAACCUCACGGAACAAUUCAAUAAGACGCUGUUUGAGCACGGUGUCCCGACGUGUCCAACACCAAGCACUGUGUCCACAACGACGACUACGCCUCCACAGUACGACUUCGCGAACACUUCUUUAGUGUCCAAGUGUUUCGUGUGCGGUCUGAAGACGCCGGAGAUACCUCGCCGAGCGUACUGUUCCGACGCCUUCGCCGGCGACUUUCUGCCUUUGACCCCAGUAGACCCCCGCGCCAGGGGUCAAAUAGCCAACUUCAGGAAGUACUGCAGAUUCCUUGAUGUACACAAUUAUGUAGAAAAUCCAUCGGAAUCGAGGUCGAUAUACGGGCGGUUCACUGGCGGCUGCGCCGUGCGCUGGACCGACCUCAGCGGGAUCUACACACAGCGAACCUGCCGCAACCGAUACAAGCCUUUGAUGGGCAAACACUUCGCCAGCAAACGAAUGGCGAAACUAGAACUGGCUCUUAUAAACGUUGAAAACGGAUGCAUAAUCAGUCCAAUGGCGUCUCUCUUAGCGCUGUCACGGGGUAUAUCAUUGUACGCGCGUUUCCAUGCCUGCGUAUGUUCAACCAAUUGGUGUAAUAAGGCGAUACGCGUGCAGCAAUGGAAAUUUUACUGGACGAUGUUACUGCACUGGUUUUUUAACAGAUAAUCUCACAGUAAAGGGGGAUUUUGUAACUGUUUUGUUAUGUAAUAUUGUUUUUGUUUUGUGAUCGUUUUUGUUUUGUUUUGAACAGUGGAAAUUAAAUAACUUUAAAUAAAUAAUGUUUUAUUUUACAGGGCUAAUAUGGAAGGUCUAGCAGGUGUAUUUAGUUUGUAAUCUCUGUAGCAAAGAGAUGUGUUUAUUCUAUAUUUACAAUCAUAAGCUGUGGGAGUAAAGUCGAAAACUGCGUGUGAAAUAUAUAUCUUUGUAUAUAUUUAAUGAUGGUUCAGAUUCUUUAAUUACAUCUAUAAUACCAUUCAUUAAAGUUAUUUUCAAUAUUUAGCAAUU